AUGGUGAGGUGUGCAGGUAUAGCAUGGCGCAUAAGACAGAAAGUGGCUGACGAAUUCGGCUCGAGUCCUAAUAUAGAAGGAAAAAUUGGAAAGCAUCAUGCAGAAGAUGUGGUCGUAACUCAUCUACGCGAUGAGGAUUAUCACCAAGAAUUGGCAAGUUUGAUUUUCUGUGGGGUUAUAUGCCUGGGGACGGGUGGAGUGGACGAAUGGAAAAUGAGAAUCAACGAGGCAGAGAUAGAAUUCAAAUUGGCAAAUGCUAAGAUCUGGCAGAGGUUCUUAUAUCGCGAUUCUGUUUUGCUCGAAGCUAAAAGGCAAAACGCUACACUUGGUCUUGUUGAGGAUUUGGUUGUAAAGUUCUCGCAACUAAGUGAAGACAAUGUCUUUGCUACACUGAUUUAG